UAACACGUCAACUACAGAAUUGCAUGACAAUAUUACAUUCUUACUGUUUUCCCAGAUCCAAAGGGGAGGUUCCAAUUUUGCUCCUGAUGUUAGUUCCAACUUUUACUGAGUAAUCCUCCAAGAUACAGCUCUGAAUCCAAUUGAUGAAGAUAGUGCCUUUUCUAAGAUCUUAAAUUCACAAUCGAUUCCUUUGACUAAUGUUUUCUCCUAUUUCACUCCUUUUAAACUUAUUCUUCAUGCCUGUGAUGACCUUCUCUCAGUGCCUUUGUAUUUUUAGUUUAUUUGCUAACUCCUGUGAUCAUUUGUCUUCCUAUGUAGCUGGAACUCACGGCAAGCCAUUUCAAUAGUGCUUUCUUUAAAUUUUUUAAAUUUAUUUUCAGAGAAAAAGAAACAUCAAUUUGUUUUUGCACUUGUUUAUGCAUUCAUUGGUUGAUUCUUGUAUGUGCCCUGACCAGGAUUUGAACCCACAACCUUGGCAUAUUGGGAUGACACUCUCACCAACUGAGGUACCCAGCCAGGGCAGCGGUGCUUUCUUUAUCAUCCUUGAUUUCUUAACUCCUUUGUUUAAUCUGUGCUACAAAUUCUCUAAAAGGUAUCUUACAUACUAUCUAUUUUCUCCAUUCUUGUCCUUGCAGAUGCCAAAUCCCAUGAAACAGCCAGUUGGUUUCAAGUGGGCACAUUUACUAUUUUGAAUUCCUUUGAUAUGAAUUAUUUGGCUGAGAAGAUCAAGGCCAGCUGAAGUGUCUGCCCAACACUUUCUCAGUUUUUCUUUAAACUCCUUUUCUCUAACACUCUUCAAAGCUAAGCCCCUUUUUAUACUUUAUUACCUUCUCUUCACUACUUGUCCUUGGUUUUUCAUUAAUUACUCCUUUUCUUACCUCUUUAAAGCCUUUCCAUUCUUUUUCCCUACAAAGAUUUCCCUAUUAAAAAACAAAACAAAAAAACACCACCACCUAAUCCUGCAUCUACAUAAUGCUACCCCCUUCUUUAGCAAAAAUGUCAGUGACUUCACCCAGGAUGUUUAAUUCUUGAAUAUCCCAUCUCCUUUACAGUUGGCUUUUAAACUCAGUUGUUUUAAAAAUUUUCUCAAGCCCUGUCUUGGUGCAUUAGGAAGGCAACUAAUCAAUGCUUCUCUUUCAUAUCAAUGUUUCUCUCCCUUCCUCUCUCUCUAAAAACAAUGAAAAAAUCUCUGGUGAGGGGAAAAUGUGAUCAUGUUGAAUCUUUUUGUAAAAUUGCAAAAGCAAAAAUAUUUUUGCAUUUUUGUCAAGUUUCAUCCCCCCAAAACCUGGAUUUGCCACUUUAUAAAGGGGAUCUGCCCAUAUAUCCUAUAGAGGUAACAAAAUUGGGCAUGACCCCCUCCAGCUUGGUCACAGCAAAGAAUAGAGCUAAUUACUAUAUCGAGACAUAUAUCUUGGAUUGACCAAAGAAUUAUAUUCUUCCCAUAGCCAGGUCCUAGGUCUGGUCAGUAUUACAGGUUCAGGCACUAGAUUUUAAGCAGUUCGAUCAUGGUGAUUAAGCACUGGGAGAUUAAUUCAUGCUAACCAAACUCACAAAAGGUCAAUUUAUAAACCAAAUGCUCAUUAGUAUAUAAAAGGAGUUAAUACCUUAGUAUUGACUAUGGAUAUAAAUAUAUGCUAUCCAGAGUACUCUUCAUUGGAUCGACAGAGACCAAAUAUGAUUAUAAAAUGUUUAGUUUUCAUGGUUUAAUGUGAAAAUAACAGUUCUGACGGCCUCCUCACUGCAGGGGCAUGGCCUAAACUCCAAAUUUCUUGAAAAUGAGUAACACUCUGUUUCUUUGACCUCAUCAUGGGCAUGACUCUGACCUACCAGUCCUGCCUGGUUAUAUAUGGAUCGAGUUGGUCUGUGCUUAAAGAUCGGAACCCCCAACUGCACCCUAUUUAGCUGCCAUUGGCCAGUGUUCAUUUCUUCUAGGUCUCCAACCACCCUAGCCCUUUUAUUUCGUUCAUUUAUCUCCAUUUCCCUCAUCUUCAGUGCCCAGGUUAUCCUCAGUGUCCCUCCGAACGUCAGUUCUGUCGUCACCCACCUACUUUAACCUUGACUCACCUAUUAAUCAUCACUUUCUAGACUGAUACCCUCAUCCCCUACCUGGCCCAAACUGACCCCAACGCUCACACCGAACCCUCCUGAGUGACGGCGUCGGGGGCCAUUCCCCUCCCGCGAUGGGAAGCUGUGGGGAACCCUUCUUCGCGCUCUUGGCAUGGUCUCCCUCUUCCAUUUUUCUCCCAGUCCUACAAACCACUACUACUUUCACCCUCUCGGUGAGCACCAUAAUCGUCUCUUGCCCUCAUUAACGAGGAGAAGUCUGCCGACGAAGGCAGAAAGCUAUCUCCUUACUUGAGAAUAUAGUUGUGUCCAGAAGCUGCUGCGGGCACCUCAGCGAACAGAACCCGGGCGGAGCCCAGGUGUAGGGGAAGGGUGGUUGGCGCUAAGCCAAUCACAGCUCAUGACGACAAGACGCAGCCAAUCAUAACACCGGAUGCUUGGCGCAGGGUAAGGACCCGCCCCCUUGCAGCUGGGUGGCCAACGCCUUUGCCCAGGGCUAGCCGUAGCAGAGCAGGUUCACAGAAUCCAGGGACUGGGCACCUUUCGAGCUAGGAGAAGGUGCUCUCCCACCCCAGCUAAUUUCUCUACAAGCCUUGGUUUUAACAGGUGUCCGUGCCUAGCGUGGACGCAUUUUUACCUGGGCCGUAUCUCUCUCUGGAGACUUUGUGCCUAUGGUUGGCGCCGGAGUGAGGUCGUUGCCUUGACGACGACAGCAUGCGGCCCGUGGUCCUCUGGAGUGUGAGCUUGGGGCGGGCCGAGGCCAGUAUGCCUCCGUGCCUGCUUCACCUGGGAUCGGUGACUGUGUCCGCUUAAGGAAUCGUAUUAGCACUAACAUUGGUAGUUUGCUAAUCAGCAUCCUUUAUACCUGCGAGCGAGAUGAAUUUCAGCUCAAAUUUGUUUCCAAGUUGAAAACCUUUGGGUCUUUCCACGUGAGAGGAUAUUAAAGAAACACAAGAAAAAAUUCUCCUAGUUUUGAAUCAAAAUGGAAAAAUAUGAGAACCUAGGAUUGGUUGGAGAAGGGAGUUACGGAAUGGUGAUGAAGUGUAGGAAUAAAGAUAGUGGAAGAAUUGUAGCCAUCAAGAAGUUCUUAGAAAGUGAUGAUGACAAAAUGGUUAAAAAAAUUGCUAUGAGAGAAAUCAAGUUACUAAAGCAACUGAGGCAUGAAAACCUGGUGAAUCUUUUGGAAGUGUGUAAGAAAAAAAAACGAUGGUACCUAGUCUUUGAGUUUGUUGACCAUACCAUUCUGGAUGACUUGGAACUCUUUCCAAAUGGACUAGACUACCAAGUAGUUCAAAAGUAUUUGUUUCAGAUUAUUAAUGGAAUUGGAUUUUGUCAUAGUCACAAUAUCAUACACAGAGAUAUCAAGCCAGAGAAUAUAUUGGUCUCCCAGUCUGGCGUCGUCAAGUUAUGUGACUUUGGAUUUGCACGGACACUGGCAGCCCCUGGGGAAGUUUACACCGAUUAUGUGGCCACCCGGUGGUACAGAGCUCCGGAACUAUUGGUUGGGGAUGUCAAGUAUGGCAAGGCCGUUGAUGUGUGGGCCAUCGGCUGUCUGGUAACUGAAAUGCUCAUGGGGGAACCCCUCUUUCCUGGAGAUUCUGAUAUUGAUCAGCUAUAUCAUAUUAUGAUGUGUUUGGGUAAUCUCAUCCCAAGACAUCAAGAGCUAUUUUAUAAAAAUCCUGCAUUUGCUGGAGUAAGGUUGCCUGAAAUCAAGGAAAUGGAACCUCUUGAAAGACGAUAUCCCAAGCUCCCUGAAGUUGUUAUAGAUUUAGCAAAGAAAUGCUUACAUAUUGACCCUGACAAAAGGCCCUUCUGCGCUGAGCUCCUGCACCAUGAUUUCUUUCACAUGGAUGGGUUUGCUGAGAGGUUUUCUCAGGAACUACAGUUAAAAAUACAGAAAGAUGCCAGAAAUAUUUCUUUAGCUAAAAAGUCCCAAAACAGAAAGAAGGAAAAGGAGAAAGAUGACUUCUUAGGCGAGGAGAGAAGCACACUUGCGGUGCAGGAUUCCAAUGCUGAUCCCAAAGUUAAGGAUUCUAGAGUAUUUAAAAUAAAAGGGUCAAAAAUUGAUGGAGAAAAAGUUGAAAAAAUCAGUCGAGCUGCAAAUGCCAGCUGUCUCCAUGACAAUGGGACCAGCCACAUCAAAACAGUGACUUCAACAAGCCUCAGAGAUGGCAGCAAUAGCAGCGUGGACCACACGAGGAAUCCUGGCCCAGCGAUUCCUCCUCUUGCACACAAUCUUUCUGCAGUCGCUCCUGGUAUUAAUUCUGGAAUGGGGACUAUGCCAGGAGUUCAGAGUUACAGAGUGGAUGAGAAAACCAAGAAGUAUUGUAUUCCAUUUGUUAAACCAAAUAAACAUUCUCCAUCAGGCAUUUGUAAUAUUAAUGUGACCACAUCAGUCACUAGUGAAAAGAGCCUACUUCAGGCAAAUAGGAAAAGAAGAGAAUACGCAAAGACAGAUGUCCAUUUGCCUGAGUUAAACUAUAAUCAUCUCCCUGAACUAAGAGCCUUGGAAGGCAUAGCUCGAAAUUCCAGGCUAAUAAGGAAAGAGAACAAAAAUCUUCCAGAAUCUCGAAUUCCUUCUCUAGCUGCUAUUGACUUGCAUGCCUCCAGUGUUGCAUUGCCUCAGGUCCAAAGACGUGUGCAGGCGAUUCACAUCUCAGUUCAGUUCUCCAAGCCUUUGCUGUGCUGUUCUGAAGCUGCCCCACGCAUGCAUACCUCAGGAGGUCCACCAAGUCUUCUGUGGGUUUAUAUACAGGUACCGGGAUCUCCCUUGUCAGAUGAUUCGGAGGCCGAAUUGCCUCGAAUGGAACACCAGUACUGAAUGUCAGUUUGGUUCUGAACUGGAUGCUACUCUAGCACUUGAGAUGCAACUUGGAGCCAAAGUGCUGAUACCCUAGGAGGAGAUGUACAUGGUUUUGAUCCUUCACUUCUGAACUGCCUGCAUCUUCUGAGAAAGGUCUUGCAGACGGAAAGACAAAGAUUUCCAGGUGUUUUUAAAGGAAGAUUAAACAAGUGUCCCUCCCCAACUGCUGUCCUAUCACCUUUCAAGUGACUGAUGCUAUUUCAAGUUAUAGCCAAUGAAAGAAUAGUGAUAUAUGGUUCUUGUUACUUGAAUAUAUAUUUACUAUUAGUAGAUUGUGUAUUUAAAGUUACCCAAGAUUAAACGUAAGUAAAAAAAAAAAAGGAGAAAGAAACAUGUAAGAGUUCAUGUUACUUGUGCAUCGGACUUUGUGUGUUUUCUGGGUUAAUGUGCACAUUUAUGCAGGAGUGUGAUUGGUGGGUGUGGGCACUACAAACUAGAAUCUGUUGAAGAAAAUGAAAAAAAAAAUAGGAUCAGAGAAAAUGUUUCCUUUACCUAACUUAACCAUAAAAACACAUUUAAGAAUCUUGCUUGUUUCUAGGCUUUUAGAAGACAUAUAACUGCUCUCUAUGGAUAGAUGUAUUUCUUUGGUUUCCGUGGUUAUUGCUGUGGUUUGAUCAGUGCAUCGUGGGAAUCUGCCUCUCUGCUGAUCUUCUGAGAGCCACACUAGUGCAAGUUUCACAAAGAAACUUUUGUUUCUAGUAUGGCUUCAGUAUGGCUGACACUGGGUACUUUUCUGCACUCUAAGAUUCUGGUGCUAAUGUUCCCAUGUGCUGGAACAUGAUUAGAACAAGAGUGGUAAUGGAAAUUUUUGUGGGUAUACCUUUGCAGUUGCAUACUGAAUCAUUGACAAAAAAGGUAUGCAAACAAAAUUAGGAGAGGGGAAGCAGGGUUACCAUUUGACUAGGACUGGUUACUUCUCUCUGGGCCCAUUGCUAUUGAACUCACCCGCCGA